AUGGACAUCAAGGCUGAAGUGGUGGUGCUUGAGCAGGAUGUCUCCCAUCCCCCGGGGACCCAAAUCUGGUUCACCAACAUAACCCCGGAUACCAGAGCCAGCUGGUCCUGGUUCUGGUUCUGGUCCCGUCAACCUAAACUCGACUCCGAAUCCUCACCCCAAUCUCCAUCCUCCCCGGCAGACACCAGCACCCCCUCCCCAAACGACCCCCUCAACUGGCCGCAACCCCGCCGCGCCGCCCUCCUCUACACCCUCGGCUCCAACAGCUUCCUAACCGCGGCCCUGGCGCCCAUCCUCGCAACCGGCCUCCCCAAAAUCUCAUCCACCUACGCCGUCUCCCUGCAAAGCGUCUCCUUCACAAUCGGCAUCUACAUGCUGGGCCUCGCCUUCGGGGCGCUGGGCUGGUCCGUCCUCGCAACUGUCUUCGGGCGGCGGCCCGUCUAUGUACUUGGCUCUGCGGGCCUGAUUGUGAGCUCCGCGUGGGCAGCGGCCAGUCCGUCGUACGUGAGUCUGCUUCUUGCGCGGCUUGUGCAGGGUGCUGCGGCGGCGCCGGGCGAGUUUCUGGUUGGCGUGAGUAUUUCGGAGGUUUAUGGCCCGCAGGAACGCGGGUUUAGGCUCGGCGUUUAUAUGCUCCUCCUGGCUGGCGGGAAGAGUCUGAGUCCGUUGCUUGGGGCGGGCGUGAUUCAGGCGUUGGGGUGGAGGUGGGUUUUGUGGAUCAUCACCAUCGCCGCAGGCGUAUGCUUCACCUGCCUCUUCUUUCUGGCCAGGGAGACAUACUGGGCUCGAGAGUACAGCUCAAACACCCACCCCCUAUCCCCAGGCGAAAUCUACACCGAAAACCUCCGCCUCUCCCCACCACUACGGUACACACAAACCCUCCCCCUCUUCACGGGCCUCCUCACCCCCAGCACCGCAACCUGGAUCUCCCUAGCCCUGCAACCAUUCACGCUGCUCACAUCCCCGCCCCUCCUCUGGUCCGCAACCGUCUACGCCCUAUCCCUCGGCUGGCUCGUGAUCCUCGCCGAAACAAUCGCGCACCUCUUUGAGUCUGUGGGCGGGUACGGCUUCACCCCCAUCCAAGCGGGUCUUCUUUAUAUCUCCCCGCUGCUGGGCACGAUACUGGGGAGUGUCGUCGGCGGAAAGGUCUCUGACGUCCUUGCGCGCGCGAAAGCGUACGCGAACAAUGGGGUCUAUGAGCCUGAGUCUCGGCUGUUGAUGAUGAUUCCGGCGGUUGUUGCGACGGUUCUCGGGUUGGCGGGGUAUGGAUGGAGUAUUGAGGUGCAGACGCACUGGGUCGUGCCCACGGUGUGCUUCGGGGCGAUUUAUUUUGGGUGUAUUCUUGGGAGCACGACUGCCGUUACAUAUCCAUGGCCUGGCGUUCUCGCUGUUUGUCGUGGACUGGGUUAA